AUGGCGGUUCAGUCGAGUCGUAGUGCGUAUUUUGGGAUCAGAGUAGCUGCUUCACCUUCUCAGAUACUCUCUACGAAACCCAUAGCUCGAAUCUCGCUAUCAACGAAGCUCAAACCCUCCUCUCAACCUUCGAUUUCAUGCUCUAUUUGGAAUCAUCCAGGUCAAAUUCCGGCGAGACUCUCCGGUGUUAUCAGUCCGGGAAUAUUCGCUUCUUCCAAUCCUAUCUUCUCUGAUGAACCACCUGAAUCGGAAUCUUCUUCCCUUGGAAAGAAGAAGCUGCGUGUGCUAGUGAAGCCGCUGGAGAAACCGAAGGUGGUAUUAAAGUUUGUGUGGAUGCAAAAGGACAUAGGAGUUGCAUUAGACCACAUGAUUCCAGGAUUUGGAACAAUCCCACUUAGUCCAUACUACUUCUGGCCUAGGAAAGAUGCUUGGGAAGAGCUCAAAGCUUUGUUAGAGAGCAAGCCUUGGAUCUCUGAGCUUCAUCGCGUCUUCCUCCUUAACCAAGCUACAGACAUCAUCAAUCUUUGGCAAUCAAGCGGUGGAGAUUUUUCUUGA